GUAGUAGUAGUAGUAGUAGUAGUAGUAGUAGUAGUAGUAGUAGUAGUAGUAUUAAAGACUAGUUUGUUGACUGAACACAUCCAGGCUAUGCCGAAAUGGAAAGUCAGAGGAACUCGAUCCUUAAGAAUCUUAACGUAAUAAUUAUCCCAUUUUCCAUCGCCUGACAUACUUUAACAUUGAUAUCACAAUCGUUAACUGAAUUUAAGAAUUUCAAACACGCAUUUAAACAUUAAGUGUCUGUAAGUAUGUUUUUAUUGAACAAAAUAAUAUCAAUCUAAAAAAAAAUGCAUCUGUCUGAGGACGUGUCAUGCUGUUUGUGUGUAUAUGUCAACUAAACUUGGGAUCAUCAGUCCGAAAUUGAAUGGACAAAAAGGAGUGACGAAAAAUGACAAAUAAGGCAUGGCAUACCUCAGAGUACCUUUUUAUCAAAAACUGGGCCCAAAUGGGGCGAGGGGCCCCUAACCAACAACCUACAGUCUGCGCAAGAGUGUAAGUGGGGUUUUCGUGUACAUUAAUUUGUUGAUGAGCGUUUGUUGGUUGCUUGGGCAGAGAUCAUUGAUCAUUUUUAUAUGAUAUGCCUGUAGCUGUCAGCUUAUUUUGUUUUGGGAAGGUUCUAUUAGCUGAUUAGGAAAAGUUAAUAUCAAAAGUUGUCUGACGCCAGCAAUAAACAUGAUUUUAUCAUGACAUUUAUUACCCUUUGCUCUUAACAUAAAUCGAGAUGUGAUCAGCCUAAUCAAAAUCGACCCGUGACAAUGGAGGAAUCUAUACGUAAUUUUAAAGUCAUAAAUAUGCAAGCACAUGAAGUAAAAUUGGACCGGCGCCAUGGUAUAUAAACAGCAAGAUAUCAACAGAAAUAUCAAUUGGGUAGUAAUAGCCGAUAGGACAUUUUCUUGCACAACAUAGUUUGAGGACGAGGAACGUCUAACCAUCAUUUUUUUCUUCUGCUCUUUACUUCAUAUUGAUCGCUAUUGUAGCUAACAUGUGUAACAAUUACAACUAGGACACUAUCUAUUCAAAAUGAGAUGUUAUUAUUAGUUUCUGUCUAGAUCUUUCUUAACGCAUUCCUCAACUAAAGACAAUACGAAUAACAUUACAUGAUAUAUUACCUUAGCUUACCUCUCUAAUUAGUUUACCUCGAUGGCCAUUGCAGAUAAUCAAUACAAUUACAUUUCAAAAAAAGUUGAUUGUACCGUUGACAUGAAAACAUGCAAGUUUUGAAGAGAAACUAGGAAGAAUUUGAUCAAUCACAGAGGUUUGUCUUCCGCUGUGAGAGAUGAAGGCUAUGGUGUGUAUCUCUGCAGAGCCCUUUCUGAGGAUCACGGGCAGUAAUUAAGCAGCGUUCAUGUAAUCUUCUUCAUAAAUACUUGACAGACUUUUGGAGGAGUUAUUAAAAACCAGAGCCAUGUUUUCGGCAGUUUCAUCUGGAGGCAGCACCAGUGAACCCUUGCACGAGUGGAACAGUCCAGAAGCAAUAUUCGAAACAACCACUCUUGUGGUCAUCAUGGUUGCCUCGUUCUUUGCGAACAUUUUGGCGAUGACACAGAUACUGACAUCCCAGAAGACAAAACACCAUCACAGUCUCCUGAUCGCCAACCUUAACAUCAUCGACCUCGGUGUUGUGCUCUUCAGCAUGAGUUUCUCUGUCGUCGCCGUCAUUGAUGGUGGAACCCUUCUUUCUACCAACGCAACGGUCUGUACGAUUAAUGGCUUCUUCGCUACAACUUGCACCAUUGGCAACUUCAUCAAUGUCAUGUGUAUCGCCGUGGACCGAUACCUCUCCAUCGUCUGGCCAGCCCGUUUCCCACCAACUAGACGUCGGAUGUAUUUGACCAUUAUUUUCGUAUGGCUUGCUUGUAUCUCCAUCGGAUUGCCUCCUGCAGUCGGUGUUCUAACCACUUAUGAAUACAACGAGCGUACACACCAUUGUUCUCCUAAGUGGGGUGUUGAAUCGUGUGUCUAUUAUACCAUCUGGGCCACAGUCAUUUUCGUGAUCACCGUCCCUGUGAUGAUCAUCUGCUAUGUAUGCAUCAUAUAUCACAUCCUAAAGAGUGACCGGAAGUUGCGUUCCUUUGACGCAACAAGAAGAGCCACAGUAGUGAACGAUGAAUCUAAGAAAUUAUCUGCGUCACACGCCCAUGGAAAGUACCGGGUGAAUGUAAACCAAAGGCCGAAUUGUUACGAGUGUUCAUUUCCAAGUACUCCGAUCGAGCUUACGAAGGGUGAUAAUUAUCGGGGAAAACCUGACGAUCUCCCAAUCACCGCAGUAGAAAAUGCUGGAUUUCAAGGCGAUGAACCUACACAUCACGUUAACAUGAAGGACGAACCAUUGGUGAACACCAUGACGUCUGGGUCAUAUACCAUAUCCGGUCAAAUUGAUGAACAUACUGGUGUCAUCCAGCAGCUUUCGGAUUCUAAUCAGCCAAAGAACUGUCCUUCGUCAGACAGUGGGGAGAACAAGAGCAGCAGCAAUAAGUUAUCGGGAAAGAAACGAAGAUUAAGCCGAGAAAAACGAGUUGCUUUAGUGGGAGCAAUGUUGGUACUCACUACAAUUCUUUGUUGGACACCCUACAGCGUCACCCACUUCUGUGCCUUUGAAAUCAGCGUCAGUCAUCCCUUUGCUGUUAUGACUAUGUGGGUAGCCUACCUAAACUCCUUACUGGAUCCUCUGAUCUAUGUGUUCAUGAACAGAAAAGAGAGGACCAUUCAACACGUAAGCAGAAUCUUGACAGCUUUCUGCCAUUUUCCCGUGGAUACCUGGAGACGACUUUGUGGCAAAGAAAGUACUGACUGAGUUCUUUUCCUAUGUUUUGGCAAUUUCAGUGUACCAUCUCUUUGUCGGUUGACAUGGAGAGGGUUUUUUUGGAAACUUUUUUCCCGCAGCGUUGGACACCCUACAGCGUCACCCACUUCUGUGCCUUUGAAAUCAGCGUCAGUCAUCCCUUUGCUGUUAUGACUAUGUGGGUAGCCUACCUAAACUCCUUACUGGAUCCUCUGAUCUAUGUGUUCAUGAACAGAAAAGAGAGGACCAUUCAACACGUAAGCAGAAUCUUGACAGCUUUCUGCCAUUUUCCCGUGGAUACCUGGAGACGACUUUGUGGCAAAUAAAGUACUAACUGAGUUCUUUUCCUGUGUUUUGACAAUUUCAGCGUACCAUGUCUUUGUCGGUUGACACGGAGAGGGUUUUUUGGAAACUCUUUUCCCGCAGCGUUGUACAUACAAACGCUUGGUGAUACAUGGCUUUGGAGCCCCGGGGUUUUUAUGGAUGAAAAAAAAUUGAAGAUCAAAUAAGAUGCAAAGACUAUGUUUCCUAAUAUUUGUACAAACGAUGAUUUCAUUUUUGAUAUAGUAUCAUAUGUUUUUUGUGGAAUGUAUAAGUCUCUUGCCAGUGAAACACAGGGACUAGAGUUCGAACUCCACCGCAGUACCCGGUAGGAAGCAAUUCCUCGAUUGCUUGGGCGCCAAGGCAGCCCAUCUUUAAGUGUUAAGUGGGGUAAUGUAAAAAAAAAAAAAA